AUGGACUUAUCUAAUGACUUCGAGCCAGUCAGGGCAGAAGAUGCACAUGCCGACAAACAAGCUUUGACAGAAGAGACCUCCAGCCCUGUCGACUCCCAAGCCUCAACCCUGCCAGUAGUGAAGUCUUUCACACAAGACUCUUACAAACCACUUCGCCCCAGCAUCUACGGUAGUAAAAGGGGCAUUCGGCUUGAAAACGGGCUCUGGCUAGGCGCUGGAAUGUCUCGCCAGUACUUAAUUGACGGUAUCCCCAUAGCCGGCGUGAUCAACGAACAUGGAAUCCCCCGACCAUCUCUCCGAGGCCCCGGCAUCUGGCCAUGCGAAGAGACGAUUGAAGAAAUCACCCGAAUGAUCGAAUGCAACGAUCUGUCUGCUCUACGAGAAGAAAGGUCACUUCUUCAUCUUGGAGGACCUCGAUUCAAUCAACUACGUUCCGAGUACGUUUGGAUUGCUCUUCGACAGCACGAGGAUGGGACAUUUGUGCUGUCAAAAGCGGCCAGAGAUAGACUUGUGCCUAAUUGGCGUGAGCUCUUGAGCCCUGAGAACAAUGCGCCGAUGCCAACCACGUUUGAUAUGCGCUACUAUCGACCUGGUGUGGCGUAUUGGCGUGAUGAAGAGUCCAGUGUGGACACAAUCAUAAAGUAUUUGAGGACGCUCAGCUCGGAUGUAGCUUGUCUUUCUCACCAGGUCGAAAGAAUCAAGCUGGAUCUUGUGAAGCCCUUGGACAUGGCCAGUGAUUCGGCCACGCCGGGUCGACAGGGAAAGUCGGGGAUGCGUCAGGGAACUUUGAGCUGGCGAGUGUGUUAG